GUGCAGAUGUGUGUUUUUAAAUGGAGCUGAAAAAUCAAUGGAACGUUCCUUGGUAAAUACAAGUAACAUUUAAAUACUUUUGUUUGGGAUUUAUCCUAAAAAUAUUCAUGCUUGAGUGGCUCAGUCAUUGGACUUGUUAUUGUACCCGUAAUUAUUAUUAUGAUUUUGCGUAUUAAAUACAUAGAGUUAGCGUUUUUAGCAGCAUUUAUAGAUGUGUUGCGUCUAGUUUAUACGAUUUGAUUUAGUAAUAAAACGUAUUCUGUUCUACAAUGGUAGUUGAGGUAGAAAGCUUCUAUGGUGUGUACAUGCUUUAUUGCACCAAUCCAAAAUUCAAAGGUCGCAUAUACAUUGGGUUCACCGUGAAUCCUGAGCGAAGGAUCGGGCAGCACAACGCCGGACGCUGUAAAGGGGGAGCGAAGAGAACAAGCGGCAGAGGUCCAUGGGAGAUGGUCCUCAUUAUACAUGGCUUCCCGUCUGAUAUUGCAGCUCUGAGAUUUGAGUGGGCAUGGCAACACCCUCACUCCUCUCGUCGGCUCUCCCACGUGUCGCGACGCUCGAAAAAAGAAUCAAGCCUUCAGUUCCACUGGCGUGUGGUUUCCAACAUGCUGCGGGCGGCUCCGUGGAACAGAUUACCUCUCACAGCACGGUGGUUAAAACAGGAGUACAGAAUGGACUUUGAGCCCAGUCUGCAGCCUCCUCUGCACAUCCCUGUCGCAUUCGGUAGUGUGAGAGCCAAGAAACGUCAGCAGCAGGCCGUAGGAGUGGAAGACGAGGGGGUGAAGUCCAGGUGUUUCAUCUGCAAAGGCUCAGUCAAGGUGUCAGAAAGGCUAAGCUGUUUCCACUCAUCCUGUAGCAUGAACAGUCAUAUGAUAUGCCUGGCAAGGCGUUUCGUGAAGUCCGAGCCGUCACACUUUCUGCCCGUGGAGGGAGAUUGUCCCGACUGUGGCCGCUCGCUGCUAUGGGGGAGUCUUAUUCGCCACAAACACGGCUGCUUGGGAGAUUUGGAGGAAAUCUCACCAUCUGCAACUGAGAGCCACUGGGCCGAUGAACUGAAACUAUGAAAGAACUCAGGCAGCAACCAUGAUGUUUAUUUAUUACAAUGAAAUAUACUAGCCAAAAAAUGUGGUUUUUUUUUUACAUGUGAUCAUGAAGCAAUGUCUCUUUGUUUGAAUAAUUUAUUAAAGAUUUUUGUAGCAUA